CUUGUGAAGACCACCGUCGGCCAGACCGUAAACCUGCAGCGAGGUCAGGGGUGGACUUACGCAGGAACGGGGGUCUUACCUUAACCGGUCGGACCGCGAGGACGGAAAACCUCUAUAAAAAACCCCCAAUCCCAAGCUAUUGGACAACGCGGCGAGGGGAUGAAUGGCUGGUGGGAAACCAGUCCCUAGCGUUGACCCCCGACGGGGCACAUGUCGCACCUCGGAGGGUUACUCUUAGACCUUCCCCGGCUACAGGGGGCACUGGCCGGGGACGACGACCCAAUCCCCCAUACUCGUGGGAUUCUAAUGGAAACUGCAUUCAAAAAACCCAAAGUUGAAAAGGAGGUCGAAGAAGGGAGGAAGACUCGGUCUACUACUAGACCGAGUCUAGCUGACGAGUUGGUGGCGAGGUCGCCUCGGGUGGUGCUCGAGCGCAUCACCUCGCCCCAGGAGAAGGAGAAGGAGCUGUCGAGUCACUCACGCGACAGCUCAGCGGGAAGGUCCGACCGAAAGCGUCCCAGGCGGGAUGCUUCGGAGGACAGGAUGUCUGUGGGGGCGUACGCCGCUUCGGACUGUGAGAGCGAGGUGUCCAUAGCCUCGUCGACACAGUCCCGCGGUUGCGUCACCCACGGGCGAUAUGUCGGGAUGCACCGACAACGAGAGGAGUAUCGGAGGCUCGCCGCGGAAUCGGCGCAGUCGUCCGAUACCCUCGAAGACAAGGUGGAAGAGGAACGGCAGAGGAGGGAUGCCAGGGCGGCGGUCCGGGACCUGAUGAGUUCCGGACUGCAGCCGCUCGACCCCUCAUCUGCCAAAGAGAAGAUUGACGGCAGCCUGAUGGCAAUCUUGGAGGUGGCGCGCACCUCCAAGAAUAUAAAAGGCUGCCUGAUAAAGCGGCUGAAAGAUGCGGUGGAGGAGAUUCAGGGCGGUGUCCGCGCCCUGACAAAGUCCACCGGAACGGAGGGGCUGCUGGCGGAAAACGCCAGGCUUAGCCGAGAGCUCGAGGAGCUGCGGGGCAAGGUUCAGUCCGUGGAAAAGCGGACGGCCCCGGCGGCCCUCGACUUCGAAGCGAUGCAGCGCGCCAUCAUGGUGUCCGUAGGGACCAUGAUGGACGCCAAACUGGCGGGGGUCACGAGUCGACUCCCGCCAGAGCCGAUCAUGCGUCCGCCACUUGCGGCGGAUAGAAGACGCGCAGAGGCGGAGGCGGCAAGCCGUGGGCCCAAGCCUGGGUAUAACCAGGUCCUCAAGGCGGCCCCGGCCUCGAAGCAGGCACCGAAACCGGCGCCAAGACUGGCACCGAAGCCGACGUCGACCCCGAAGCCGGAUCCAAAACCGGCCAAGGGGAAGGCGAAGAAGAACGUCGCACAGCCAGCGCCAACCUCGGCACCAGCGCGACAAGAGGUGCCGCCUCUGGCACCGGCGCCACAAGAGGCGCCGGUAGUGGGCACGUCGGAGACUGUGGACGAUGGUUGGACCACAGUCUCCAACAAGAAGAAGAAGGCGCCUAAGACCAAGGCGCCGGAGAAGUCGGCGGCGAAGCCGGCCAAGAAAACCCCUCCCACCCAGAAGCAGGAGGGGCGAAAGCCGUCGAAGGGGCCGAAGAAGGAGUCGGGGAGGACGCGGCGGAGAAGGAUGCAACGACAGAGGCGUCUUGCCCGCACCGCUGCUGUCGUCCUUACCAUAAGUGAGGAAGGGGCACAGAAGGCCCUCACUUAUGAGACGGUCCUACGGGAGGCGCGCGAGACCAUCGACCUAAAAAAGAUGGGGGUCGACAUGGAGGUCGACCCAAUCCGCAUACGCAGGACGCAGACCGGGGCUCGGGUUCUCGAGCUUCCGCAGAAUGUUGGUCGGGAGGCGGCUGACGGCAUGGCAGAGGAACUGCGUGCCAGGUACGGCGGUGACGUCAGAGUCACUAGGCCUGUCAGGUGCGCGGAGCUCCGAGUGUCGAACCUGGACGACUCCGUCACCCAACAGGAGAUCCUCGACGUCGCCGCGCGUCAGUCGCAGUGCGCUCCUGACCAGCUCAAGGUGGGAGACUUGAGGCCCAGCUACGGUGGCAAAUUCAGCGCGGUGCUGAAGUGCCCACUGGAGGCGGCAUCAAAAUUAGUUACCACCAAGACACAAAAGUUCUUGGUGGGAUGGAGCUCGGCGCGGGUCGUGCAGCUUGAAACACGACCCAUGAAGUGCUUCCGCUGCCUUGCACUAGGCCACACAAGGCCAGUGUGCAUGUGCCCCACGGACCGCAGCGGUUUAUGUUACCGCUGCGCGAUGCCGGGGCACAAGGCAGCAGAGUGUAAGGAGCCAGCGAGGUGCGCCAUAUGCGCCGAGCUCGGCCGCAAUGCCGCCCAUCAGAUGGGCAGCCGGGGAUGUGCUCCCCCGGCAUUAAUCAAGAAGAAAAUGGCCGCGUUGGGGAAGGUGCCCAAUGCGGCCACAUCACAGGCGCGCCCCUGUGAGGAGGAACGGAUGGACGAAUAAUGGACAACGUCCGUCCUCACUCCCUCCUCCAGGGGAAUUUGAACCACUGCGCCGGCGCACAGGAUCUGUUCUUACAGUCGCUGGCGCAGUGGAGCAUCGACAUCGGAGUGGCGGCGGAGCCAUAUUAUGUCGCCCCUCGUCCCAAUUGGGCGGGGGACUUGGACGGCUCCGUCGCCGUUAUAAGCGCUACGGGCGCGGACUCCCGGCCCCUGCAUACCAUCCGCAGGGGCUCAGGUUAUGUAGCAGUCGUUUGGGGGCCGUACGCAGUAGUAGGGGUCUACUUCUCGCCGAACAGGGGUCUGGCAGAGUUCGAGUCAUUUAUGGCCGAGCUCGAGGCCCUUGUUCGGACGCUCUCAUCCCGCCCGGUCAUCGUACUCGGUGACCUCAACGCCAAGAGCACAGCGUGGGGGGAACCGGCAACCGACCGGCG